AUGGCAGGUGACCCCUCGAAACGUAAUCAGAAUCUGUAUUGCGCGUACCAUCAAGAGCCAGGUCACACCACCGAUGAUUGCAGGAAUCUCAAAAACCACUUGGACCGGCUUGUCCAAGAAGGGAAGUUGAGGCAUCUGUUGCAUCGCCCUGAAGGAUGGACCAAUUCCAGCCCUUUUAAAGUAAUUUCAGUGGGCAAGUUCCCGACUAAGCCGGACGACAGGGAAUCCAAGAGAGCCAGAGUGAUUGCCACACCCUUAAUCGGGUUCUCAGAGGAGGACAAACAAGGAACCCUUCAACCCCACGAUGAUGCCCUAGUCGUCACGCUUAGAAUUGGGGGUUAUGACGUGAAAAGGGUGUUAGUUGAUCAAGGCAGCGCCGUGGAAGUAAUGUACCCUAACUUGUAUAAGGGGUUGAACUUGAAGCCAGAAGACCUAUCGCCAUACGAUUCCCCUCUAGUCAGCUUUGAAGGAAAAAUCGUCACCCCGAAAGGCAUGAUUAGGUUGCCUGUGCAGACAGACUCAGACGUGGUGGAGGUGAAAUUCAUUGUAGUAGACGCGUACUCCCCCUACACAGCUAUUGUGGCCCGACCGUGGCUUCAUGCACUAGAGGCUGUGCCAUCAACCUUGCACCAAAAAGUGAAGUAUCUGUCAGGAGGUCAAGUCAAAGAAAUAAUAGGGAACCAAGGAAUGGCUAGGCAAUGCAUGGUGUCGGCAAUCUCACGACGACCGAAUGGUGAACCUUCCACUUCGACCAAGAACAGCUUAUAG